UUUAGCAGCUGAAAUCGCUUAAACACUCUCAGUUGAAUUUCAUUAGUUUUGAAGGUGCUUUUAGAAUGGAACUAGCGAAGAAAUGUCCGUUUUUGGCCCGCGUUCCUGCGUCGUUCGUUCGCAAAGCGAGGGGACCAGUAUUGGUCUCUUACGCCGAGCGAUGCCCUGUUAUGUCCGAAGUCUUACAUAAGGAGAGCGAAACCCCGAUGAAAAACGAAGGUAAGCUCUAUCAUUCUUUUUUUAAUGCGUUCUUUCCUUCUUGAUCGAAGUGUUCUUUGUUAAGUUGUUAUGAACGUGAUGUAAAGGAUCUAGACCAAUAGCUUUGAAAUUGACGUCGUCCCGAUCACCAACCUACUAGUAAUACCAUCUGAUUUUGUCUCCUUUUUUACACAGGAGCGAAGACCUAUGGAGCAACAACUUCUGCCAAAGGUAUUUAUGCUAAAUAGACUUAGUAUUACGUUCGACAAUAUUGAAAAUUAAGAUCAUGUAAACAUAAAGUUAUAUUGUUGCAAAGCCUGUGCUUACAUAACUUCAACUAAUAAGAGCCUAACUACAUUUUACGUAAUUAAGCUUAAGUUUAAUCCUUUGCUAUGGUAGAACGAAAAGUUCCAAAAGCGGUUGAACUCUGCGAAAACUGAUUCCUGUAAAGUGACAAAUCAAACAACUGUCCUGAAUAGUACACAUCUCUCGGCUCGCUCAUGAGUGUCCGCGUUAGUCCGCUCGCGAACAUGCCUGCUUCAGAAUUUCAGUCAAACAUUAACAGAGUAUGAUUUAAAAUUUAAAAUUUUAGAUCGCCUCAUUAUUGUACCCUCUCGAACUACAGCCUCGAAAAAAUCAACAGAACUUUUUUUCCAAAUUUCUUUUCCUUAGUGUUUUCUUAACAUUCGUAAGACUGUCACCCCAAACCGGAAUUUCUUGCUCACCUCAAUUGACGUAUUUCUUUGUUAUGCAAAAGUUUUAGUUCUUCCUUUGUUUACUUCAAUAUUAUUGUCGUCAACGCCAUUAAGAUUCAAUUUAUUCGUGACAGUUUCUUUUUCUGUUGAGUCAUUGCUAACAACUUGUUAACCUUUGGCUUAAAUCUCCUGUAGCAGAUAAUUAUGAUAUUGCCUUUGAGACCAGUAAGCUUUCUCUCUUUUUUUGUUGUUGUUUCACUGAAGUGUUGAAAUUAAUACACUGUUACAAACUGAUAACUGAGAUUCACUGAGAUCAGUGUCACCUUGGUUGGUUGAGGAUACUGGUUAUGAGUGCCGACAAAACAAAAACAAUGGCCCUACAUUUAAUGAGGUCCUGUUAAUUAGGCUCAAAGUCUGAUAAGUGUCAUGGCCAUGAAAAAGCAAUAUAAGGCGAGAUGAAAAGGCAACAGAUGACAUUAUGAUGGGUCAAAUACUGACCUAGUCCUCAAAAUGUGGAACAGUCAUUUGAAAUUCAGGCUAAGGAUAUACAUUCACUUUCCCCCGCCCCCAAGAAGGCCUUGUUAUGGUGGGAGCUCCCUGAUUGUGCUCUAUCCGUUGUUUUUGUUUACAAAUUGUGACCAAAUAAUAAUAAGUUCAAAAGCAUGUUCCUAUUGGUCAGUGAGUCGGAUCGUUGCACAUGCUCAAGUCCAACGUAAAGGCCAGUUUACAUGCCUUGAUGUGUUGACACUGUUUUAGGAACCAAUGUCUAUACAAAACAUAUGCUAAACACAAAAACUGGGCCAUUUUUUACGUGGCGUAUUUCUUUUACAGAAAUACUCUGGCUCAAUAAACAAUAUUGUUGACGUAAACCUGUGGUUACAGUGACUGUUGGGCUGAGAUAGAUCAUUCCAACAUGUUUAAUAAUUAUUGUGUUGCAUUACAGUUGAGCUCUUAUGAUAAGGCUUUGCCAAUGUUAUCUAGGUAUUGUGGGUCUAGCAAUGUUUUGAUCAGAUCAUUUCUGAUUCUCAGCAUGAGUCACUGAUUCUCGUUAUUGUGUAUUUCUUUUGUCUUGACAGUUGGAAAGUGUCCAUUCAUGUUCAAUUCAGCUGCUGAAGAUGCUCAGGUGAAAGUUGAUCAGUUUGCUGGCUGUGCAUGUGAUUACAGGGAAGGUGCACCUAAGAAGGAGUCUUCUGUGCCAGCAGGUUUGUAAAAUAUCAACGUCUUUAUCUUUUUCAUAGCCGUUGCCACCGACGAAACUAAACCCAUGGUUAGGUCUGUCUGUGAGUUAAUUAAUGCUGAAAUCUUUGUUCUGGGUCCCCACCUGUGUACUAGGGUUUGAGCAUGAACAUGAGGAGAUAGAGGAUAUUACAUGGCUGUGCCGAGAUAGGAAAUGUCUCUUUGAGUGUUGAAAAAUAUUUCACGAGUGAGCACAGUGAACGAGUGAAAUAUAUUUUUCAAUACAAGAUGAGAUUUACGUAUCUCCAAGUGGCCGUGUAAUAUGUUCUAUUUAUUAUAUAAACACCAAUGAAAUACCAAACCAUUUCACUUGAAUAGUUUUUUGGUGUGAAAGGCACGAUUUAUUUCGUAGCUAUAGCAACGGUGAUAUUUUCACAUGUGAAGAUAACAUGUUAUUUUCACAUGUGAAGAGAUCAAGUUUUUUUGCAAAAGCUCACCUGGUAUUUCAUUGUGGUUUAUAUAAUAAAAUCAUUUAUUGUAUGGUUACUGAUAUGAUUCUAAUUCAGUUUUAGAAGGAUUUAAUUUCAUGUUUCAGCUUAUGGUUAAGUUACCAGUAAGGACAUAAUUGGACAAAUUAAUAUUAGUAUUUUUGGUUUGAUUCAUGACUUGAAAUCUUUCCAUGGAGACUAAAUUUUGUUUUGACUGAUUAACUUUGCUUCUGAGCAUUUCUUGUUUCCAUCACAGUCAUGGCUGUACAUAGAGGCAUGACUAAAAUCCUUGAUGGCAGAUCCAAGAGCUAUUAAGAGUUAUCACAUAAUUCUAGAGACUACUUAUGUUGAAUAUUCUAUGAUUUGUACUGCAGCUGGAGUUUUUAAGUCAUGGUUAAGUUAAAAUACAGUUUUUAAAUAACAAAAUAGAGCUAAAACAAUAACCCCCAAACUGGCCUUGAAGAAGGUUAACACAUACUUGAUUUGUGUUUCCAACAGAUGGCAAGUGCCCAUUUUCAAGUGGCAAGUUGGUGGUUGAUGCUUUGCAAAAAAUUCACCCCACCCCUGCUAUGAAAGUAGGAAGUGUGCUUCCUCAGACCAUUGGUGUGCGUCAGAUGGUGACUAUGCCUUUAAGUGCCCAAGGUAAGGUAUUAAAAUGGAAGUUUAUAAUUCAGGAUCGCUAGAUGCCUAAGUGAUCUCUGAGUACCAUAACUGGCCACUAUGAGAUUUAUUUAUAGGGUUCUAAGACUUCUAAACAGAUUCUAAAUUGCUGUUUUGUCUUUAUUGAUGUGCUAAGUUUACCUUUUAAAAACGUAAUGUAUACUCAAUACUGACAUAGCAAUUUUUUUUGUCUUACAGGUUUAGCUCCCAGCCUUGAAGCCUUCAAUUCUCAUUUUGAUUAUGAUCAGUUCUUCAUGGGGGAAAUUGAGAAAAAGAAGAAGGAUGACACGUAUCGCAUCUUUAAGAAGGUGAAUCGUCUGGCAGAAACAUUUCCUCAUGCCAAAGAUUUCAGUUACAACACUCAAGGGAAGAACAUCACAGUAUGGUGCAGCAAUGACUAUCUUGGAAUGAGCCGACACCCAGAGGUCUUGAAAACUGCUAGGUAAGAUUGGCAUGUUAUGUACUUAGUCUUAACAGUUGGUGGCAGGACAGACCCCGAGAGGGAGCGAGGGAGGGUGCUGCUCUGGAAUUUUUUUUGUUACCUUGUGGGCCACCAUUUGUAUAAAAAUGAGUGGCCUUGUCUAUAUCUACUAAUAGUAGUACUUAAAACAGCUCCUGUCAGUGUAGAUGAAGCAUUUUAAGCUCUAGUAUCAACUUCUAUGCUCUCUGUUGUUCUACAGUGUAGUCUUAUUUUUGAGAGAUUGAUUCCUUUCUCUUAUAACUUCUGCGACACGUGUAUUGAUAUUGUUUGAGCAGUUACAGUAUAGCAAUAUUUCGCUCUAUGCCACCUAUUGAUAUUUUUGUGAAAACCAGAGGCUUUUUAGCUCUUGAAGAAAUGGGCGACUUUUGAUGCAGUGGUUGGUACCUUUGAAUAACAAAAACAAUCUUUAAAAAAUGGAAGGAUCACUCUGUGAAAUGAAGAAAUAAUUUGCUGCGUCACCAGUUUCGCUUAAAGUGUAGAAUUUCAUAGUUAAGCUAUAACAAUAAUUUACCAACUGCCACUAGUUUAGGAAUGGUAGUAUCUACAGCAGUAUUUGUAUUUGGUACCAAGUAUUUUCCUGUAUUUUGGUUCCAGUGUAAUUAAAAAAAAACAUAACUUUGAUCCUCCUGCAGAGAAACUAUUGAGAAGCAUGGAGUGGGUGCUGGUGGCACCAGGAACAUCUCUGGAACAAGCAGCUUUCAUGAAUCCCUCGAGGCCAGGCUUGCUGAGAUACACAAGAAGGAAGCAGCCCUGCUGUUUACAUCUUGUUAUGUUGCCAAUGACACUACUCUAUUUACACUGGCACGGCAGUUACCUGGUAUGCAAAAACGCACCUAGUAGGAAUAAUGCGACUUUGGAAUUGGAGUACAAAACAACAGGAUUUUAGAGUGCCUAAUUUUAUCCUGCUAUUAAAAGUUAUGUCAGCAUAGUAGUAGUACAUGGGAGUUUUGUUGAAUGGUGUCAGACCAUUAUUUGGUCGCACUUAGGAUUUAUGAACAGACCUUAAAGUUAGAACCACCUUGUACAGCAUAAUGAACAGUACUGCGGGAAAGUACUGCUCAGUAGCUUUCAUUUGAAUGGUCACACUUCAGGAUUUCAUCCACAGACCCAAAAUUUAGGACCACCUUGUACGGCAUUAGCUUUCAUUUGAAUGGCCACACUUAAGCAUUCCAUCCACAGACUCAAAAGUUAGAACCAGCUUGUACAGCAUACAUCUAGGUACUGAUUAUUAUGCUGUACAAGGUGGUUCUAACUUAUGAGUAUGAUGACACAAUUUUUCAGCUUUAAAAACAUCCUUUCGCGCCUUUUUUUCCCAAAUUACGCGCAAAAAAAAAAUAAUAAUAAAACAUCUUAUUAUCUAUACAAACCACCGCAACCUAUCUUAUUUAUUUUAUUUAUUUGGUUCAUUGUGUUCUUUAUUUAUUCACUUCUUUGUUUAUAUAUUUUCUCAGGCUGUUUGAUAUUCUCCGAUGCUGGUAACCACGCAUCCAUGAUCCAGGGAAUUAGGAACAGUGGCGCUAAGAAGUUCAUCUUUAGGCACAAUGAUGUAGAACACCUUGAACAGCUGCUUGAACAAGCAGACCCUGACGCGCCUAAGAUUGUUGCUUUCGAGACUGUUCAUUCCAUGACGGGUGAUGUGUGUCCAUUGGAAGAGCUGUGUGAUGUAGCGCACAAGUAUGGGGCGUUGACAUUUGUUGACGAGGUUAGUUCCUCCAUUUUGAGAAAAAUACUGACGAACCCGGUUGAAACAAAUGCUUUGUUCAUGUAAAAGCUUGCAAGACGAAGAACAGCAAGCGAGUAUUUCUUAGAUUAAUUAAAGAGGAUAUGUAAUGAGGGUAAUGCUGAUUUAGGGCAAUUCUGUGCUGACGUCAUUCCUGUGGAGUUAUGAAGAAGACAGGAAACAAAUUUCAUCGGGGAGCACUAACUCCAAUCAUUUCUUUUGGUGAUUUGUGCUGACAUAGCACUUAGAUGUAGCAUUAAACUUGAAAAAGUUGGCCCAUCUUUUUGAAGUUUCAAUCUAUGUCCAUCCUUGCCAUCCGUUUUCACUGACGACAUGAAACAUAAAUAUAGCCUUAAAUAUCAAAACUGGACCAUUGUUUUUGGAAUUCAAUUGAUGCGAAGACGAGUUUUACCUGUAAAAAGAUAGCAAAUAGCGUGAAGCGAAAGCUUGCCCAAACUAUUAGAGUGAAACUGUUGAAAAAGUAUCUACGCUUUACUGAGACACGAAAACCCACAAAACCCUGCACAAGAUAUAUACAGUACAUGCAGGUCUAUACUUCAGACUGAUAUUAAACCUUCUCUGGUUGACUUAAGCUCAAACUUUUCUACCAUGUUUCAUCUGCAGGUCCAUGCAGUGGGUUUGUAUGGCCACAGCGGCGCGGGUAUCGGAGAUCGUGACAAUAUCAUGCACAAGAUGGAUAUUAUCAGCGGAACCCUCGGCAAAGCCUAUGGAGCCAUCGGUGGUUACAUCGCCGGAACUGAGGCGCUGGUUGACAACAUCCGUAGCUAUGGUUCCGGGUUCAUCUUUACCACUUCCUUGCCCCCUGUCACCGUGAAUUCCGCCAUAACAUCCGUUGGUAUCCUGGCCAGUGGCGAAGGACGAGAGCUGCGCAGACAACAUCAGAGUGUGGUGCACACACUGCGCAAUAAGCUUGUCAGUGCUGGGUUGCCUGUGGUGUAUGCUCCGAGCCACAUUAUACCUGUGCAUGUAAGUGUUACGUCUGUAGUAAAGCAGUUAUAGAAGUAGAAAAGACGAAAUCCGUCUCGGGAGUUUGAGAUUUCGAGAACGGACAUUAGGAGCCAGUGUACGCCGACAUGUACUUAAAAUCAUUCGUUGUUUUUUUUUUUAGGUUGGCGAUCCUGCCAAGUGUACGGCCAUCUCCAAUGAGAUGCUUUCCAAAUAUGGCAUGUACGUUCAGUCCAUUAACUACCCCACAGUGGAACGAGGCAAGGAGAGACUUCGCAUUGCACCAACACCCCAACACAAUGAAGAGAUGAUGGAUAAGUUCACUGAUGCUUUGGUCAAGGUGUGGCGAAACAAUGGCAUGGAGUUCCUUACUCCUGUUUGCACCACCGAGUGCGAUUGCCAGGAUCGCUGCAUCACUUACAAGGAGCUGGAUUGUGACAAGUACGCUUCACAAGUGGGAGCCGCCUAGAGCUGUUGGCACUCCGAAUCUGGCCGCUUAAUGAGUUGUGUAGCACAUAUUCUACACAAUGGAAUAAGCCUGAAUUGUCAAUUGUAGUAAUUUAAGUUACAAUGUAAUUUCAAUCUGGAAUUGAAACUGGAAUAAUCAGUCACGCUUACGCAUCUAUAAAAGUGUCGUCUCUUUGUUGUGAUAUUUUUCACGCUUAUCAUGCACUCUAACACGCGGAAUCUUUGAAGAAACAGUUCUUUUGUCCCUAACGUUUCUGUUAAACCCCUUGUUAUUAAAUUAAUCCAGAAAGACAGUAUUAUGCAUCACAACGAAAAUUGAACAUGGCCUCUCUUGUUG